GAUAAACUUAUAGAUUGGGAGUGUUAAACAGACCCUACAAAAUCUAAAGAGCAUUUAAUAGGCAGCUAUGCCGCAAUCGGCCUAACCCUAAGUAAAUAGUUAAAAGUAGCGCUCAGCUUAAACAAAAUUAAUGGAUUAUGCUUAUACCUAUUGGCUGACUUAUAGAGAGCCUGACCUGGUUUUUAACUCAAGCCUCGAGUGGCAUCAAAUGGGGGGCAAGCUGGCACAGCUGCUAAGUAGUAAAUGCAAUUUUCAAGCUAAAUUGAAGUCCAGUCAUUCGCAUGUAAACUUAGUUAGCUGAUUAAGCUUUAAGCGCAUGCAAAACUUGGAACAAGUGUUGCUGCAGCUGCGCCAUAUAAAAAAAAGCGCCUAUAAAACUGCAUAUCCUGGGCUCUGAAACAAUCAGAAAGAAAUCAGCAGCGUAGAGCCCGCUACAAAUAAUUAUUUGGAAAAAAAAUGCAAUUAUUGCAAGCGCUUUGUUUAAUGCUCAUUUGCUUAGUGUGCGGCACAGCUGGCCUGGUGCACUAUAAGAAAGUAGAAAAGACUGACAAGGGCUGCAAGUUCAACGACGCGGAGUUCGCUGUGGGCGAAGUGACGCAGGAUCCCAAUAGCUGUGGCGUGCUCGCCUGCAUGAAUACAAAUGGCGAUACCUUGAUUCAUUACAACCAUUGCCAUGCAGCUGCCAAAUACCCGUGACCUUUCAGUAUUGUGCCCACGAUGGUGUCUCCACAACGACGGACUUUCCCGAAUGCUGCUGGAAGUGCGUGCAGUAUGUAACUUGCUGAACUAACUAGCUUAAGCUACACUUAUUUAUUAAAUAAAGUAAUGCU